AUGGCAAACUCCAACGUAACCUACUUUAAGCGCUUGAUCGGAUGUCGAUGCUCAGCACAUCUCCCAGAAUAUAUUACAGUCUGCCUUGGUUGGGUUGCAAGAACCCAAAUGAGAUCCUUCAGAACCAUUCUACCGGCCUUCGCGGCCAGCCUCGGCAUUGUUACGGCGCAAGUAGGCCCUCUAGGCGACAAUGGAAGGCCAACGACCUAUACAGCCUAUCAUUUUGACCAGCUCAUCGACCAUUUUCAAAAUAGCUCUCGAUAUGCGCCCAACACAAAUGCCACUUUCAAGCAACGGUACUAUUUCGACGACACCUACUACAAGCCUGGAGGCCCGACUGGGAUCAUCCAGAUCCUGAUGAAUGCAACCGGCGGUCUAGGUGUCAUUCUCGAGAACAGAUACUAUGGUGAAAGCUAUCCGUUUCCGAACUCUACCACCGACAAUCUCCGAUUCCUCACCACAGAGCAGACUAUUGCUGACAAUGCGUACUUUGCGCAACAUGCUAUCUUCCCCAACAUCACAGGUGGAAAUAACCUCACGGCUCCGGGUCACCCGUGGAUCCUGUAUGGCGGUAGCCUCGCUGGCGCACAGACAGCCUUUUCAUUGGUUCAGUACGAAGGGUUGCUUUGGGGAGGCAUUGCUGCUUCGGGCGUCAUUCACGCCGUUCUCGGCUAUCCUGAAUGGUACGAUCCGAUCCAAGAGAAUGGGCCCCAGGAUUGUAUCUCCCGGAUCAACAACAUCAUCGACAAGAUGGACUAUCUGAUUCAGCAGAAUAAUAUAAAAGCUAUUCAGCAAUUGAAGGAUAUCUUCGGACUCGGAUCUUUGAGUGAUCUCAGGGAUUUUGCAAUGACCAUUGCCUUUCCCCUGGGUGGACCGAUGAAUUAUCCUACCAGCACCUGGCAAGAGCUCAACUGGUAUCCGGCAUAUGACAGUCCCGACUUCUUCUGGUUCUGCAACAACAUCACCAACAUGGAGGCCCCAGCAAACGUCACCGCGGUCGACAUGCAGUUGGCGAAUUAUACUAACGGAUCGGCCUGGACUGGCCUCGGAGCGUACGCGAACUACGUUAAAGAAGUGAUUGUCUCGACUUGUGACAGUGCAGAUUUGAUUGACACGACUGAAUGCUUUUCCACACAAAACGGUGAGUCCACAGACGGAAUUCUGGGAAGUGUUGCAUCUAUUGACCAUUUUGCAGCGACUUACUACGCCGACCCUACUAAUUCAGGCUCUCGCUCCUAUCUCUACAGUACUUGUAUAGAGCAGGGUGCAUACCAACUUCCACAACCGCAUGGUAAACCUUCUCUCCUCUCCCGUGUCAUUGGGAUUGACUACACUCAGCAAUGGUGCACUUGGGCAUUCCCGCCAGGCCCACUCUCACCCCAAGCUGUUCCAUCUCGGGAUGGUCCAAACCUGACAUGGUACAACAAGUACGGUGAUUUUAAUCUUUCGGCGCCGAGGCUAGCAUUGAUCGAUGGUGGAAGUGAUGUAUGGCGAGACGUAUGCUACCAUGGCCGCAAUGCCAGCACGCGAUACGGGCCGAAUCAGAUGCUCAUCACCGGAGGAGGCCACCACUGGGAUAGCUCUGGAAUCCUGAACAUCAGUGCAGAGCCAGACUUCAUCAAAGCGGCGCACGAGUGGGAGCUACGGCAAGUCGCGGGAUGGUUGGACGAAUGGGAUGCUACGCACGAUAGGAAGGUUAGGAAGAGGGAUGAGCUGUAA